AUGACCUCGCUGCCCUAUCGUCGGGCCUCCCUCCAAAGCUCCCGGAAAGCAUCUAGUGAUCCCCGGGAAGAUUUAUUAGUCCACAUUGAUCACUACAUCGGCAUUGACGUUGGAACUGGAAGUGCUCGUGCCUGUAUCAUCGAUGCAAAGGGUGACAUUGUGGGAUUGGCUUCUGAGAACAUUGGUCUCUGGCAACCCGAGCAUGGCUAUUAUGAACAAUCUACAUCUGAUAUAUGGCACUGUAUUUGUGUUGCCGUGCAGCGUGCCAUCAGCCAACACAACAUUCACCCUGACACAGUGCGAGGUAUCGGGUUUGAUGCUACAUGCUCCUUGUCUGUCUUCUCAAACGAGACCGACGAGCCGAUCUCGGUGACGGGCCCGAACUUCGACUCGGACCGCAACGUGAUCUUGUGGCUAGAUCAUCGUCCCGUCGAGGAAGCUGCAAAGAUCAAUGCUACAAACCACAAUCUGCUCCGCUACGUUGGUGGAAAAAUGUCUAUCGAAAUGGAGAUCCCCAAAGUCCUUUGGCUAAAGAACAAUAUGCCAAAGGAGCUCUUUGAGAAGUGUAAGUUCUACGACCUAAGUGAUGCUCUGACGCACAUUGCCACAGGAAACGACAAGCGAAGCUUCUGCAGCGUAGUCUGCAAGCAAGGAUAUGUGCCCGUUGGGGUUGAUGGAAGCGUUAAAGGAUGGCAAGAGGAUUUCUUGCAGGAUAUUGGUCUGGGUGAUUUGACCGAGGACAAUUUCAAGCGCAUGGGUGGAGUCAACGGGGUGAACGGGGAUUACUUGAGUGCCGGUGAAUUGGUGGGUACUCUUUGCGAGAAGGCCGCCUCAGAGCUUGGUCUACCGGCGGGUAUUGCGAUUGGUAGUGGUGUGAUCGAUGCAUACGCUGGAUGGAUUGGAACCGUUGGAUCCAAGGUUGAUCUGGGCUCUGGUCAGUCUAGUGCAGAUGUUCCCAAGCUCGAUAGGUCAGAGGCCUUCUCUCGCCUGGCAGCUGUAGCAGGAACUUCGACAUGUCAUCUCGCCAUGUCGCCGGACCCCGUUUUCGUUGAUGGUGUCUGGGGCCCGUACCGGGACACUAUCCUACCCGGAUACUGGAUGGCAGAAGGUGGACAGUCCGCCACAGGCGAGCUACUUAAGCAUGUUAUUGAGACCCAUCCGGCGUUCAACCAAGCCCAUUCAAUCGCCGAGUCAUACCAUGCCAACAUCUACGAAUACCUGAACGAGCACCUCAAAGAGAUGGCUCAUGAUCAAGGAGCGCCAUCUGUGUCCUACCUGGGACGUCACUUCUUCUUCUACGGCGACCUGUGGGGAAAUCGAUCUCCCAUCGCAGAUCCAAACAUGACCGGAUCAAUCUUCGGUCUGACCAGCGACAAAACAGUAGAUGGUCUCGCCAUUUACUACUACGCAACUCUCGAAUUCAUUGCACUGCAAACAAAGCAGAUCGUGGAAACGAUGAACAAAUCAGGCCACCGCAUCACCUCGGUGUUUAUGUCGGGCUCGCAAUGCCAGAAUGAUAUCCUGGUCAACCUCGUUGCGUCAGCCUGUGAUAUGCCCGUCUUGAUCCCUCGGUACAUUCACGCUGCAGUAUGCCACGGUGCUGCUAUGUUAGGCGCAAAGGCCGCCAGUGCUGAUUCCCAGGGUAAGACCGAAGACCUGUGGGAUAUCAUGGACCGGAUGAGCAAGCCUGGCAAAAAGGUGUUGCCAACAAAGGAUGCGAACGAGAAAGCUUUGCUCAAGGUCAAGUAUGAAGUCUUCUUGGAACAGUGCUUCAAGCAGCAAAAGUAUCGGAGUAUGGUGGAUGAAGCUGUUGGGACCUGGAAAUCCACUUAA